AUGGUCAACCAAACAGCGGGCGAGGAGGCGCGUGUGUUUGUCAACAAUCAGAACACACGCGUUGCUACCGUUACACUUCCGACGCUUACAAAGCGGUCGGGUGGACGAGCACUCGAUGGGGCAACCGAUAAUUCGGAUAGCGAUGGAAGUCGAGAAGAUAUGAGGGAUCUAAAUGGCUAUCAAACUCUUAAGAAUGCGGGAAAGACAUUGUCGUCGAAAGACGUACAUCCGCGGUUGGAGGGUGUCUACCAUCGGGUGAUGCGACAAUUACAAUGGCGUGCAAAUUACGGUAGUGUAGGAACCCCCCCGCUAGGCAUUCGCUUGGGUGUAGAGAGUGAUAAGGACUCUAAGGUACCUGAGAGAACUUUUGAACAAGAGGAGUUAAUGAACUCCAACAUGUCACUUACCUCCACCUUGUUACCUGAAGCAACCCCAAGUUUGGUGAAGAAGCGGCCAUCAUCGCAGUCAGUAGGGAAAAACCUUAUAUUGUCCAGUCCAAUGAAGGGUGACGAGGGUGACGAGGGUGCCUUACUCGCACAGCAGCCCUGCCCAAAGACGUUGCGUCUCAUCGUGGAGGAGGUCACAAAUACUAUUGUGGAGAAGUUAAAAAUAGCACAAAUAGGUUCAAUCAAAUCAUGUCUCUGCCAGGUUUUCGAGAGUCGUGCACUAUUAGACCGGUUGUUGAAGGAGAUACCGUCCUAUUCGCAGUUCCAAGGUGAUGGGGAACGAUUACUGACCCCUAUGAAACUUCAGGAACUCUAUCAAGAGUUCCGUAAACAGCCAACCGUGUUGCCUAACGCAUGUUACGUACGGGAUCCAGUAAAUGGGUCCGUACUUGCUUGCACAGGGGACAUGUGUGCUGCGGCCAAUGACCCUGAGGUACCACCUGUAGAUGAGCAGCCAGUUCCUCAGCAACAAGAACAAGUGGCAGAACAACCGAAAACUCUUAUGUCUUCCCAGUUUACACUUUGUCAACAGUCUGUUUCGCUCACAGGAACUUGGGUGGGUUCAGAAGCGAAGAAACCUCUUCAGAUGAACUUCGCUGAAGCUGCCAUUCCCGCAACUUAUGGAAAAAGCAGCAGGAUUCCGCAAAACGUUGAAUCCCCUUCAAAAAACAAAGCCCCUGACAUGAAGCUUAAGUUUGCACCCCGACCCGCAGCGAUUGUGACGUCUGGAAGCAUACAGCAGGACCUUAGCAGCGAGGUAUCCACCGUAGGACGGGAGGGGGGUGACCUUACGAGGGAACACUCCGCUCCCACCUCUUCGUCAAGAAGCCACUGCACAUCGAAACUUGACACGCAGUAUGCUCCACUAUCUGGCGGUGGUAAACCAAAAGAGUUAUCAGAAGUUGCGAAAUGUCACCAGGAAACACGGUACGUAUCUGUUGGGGUCGUCACAGAUAGCAAUAGCACAACUACGGUGACAUGCGAAAAGUAUGACGAGCUUGUGAGAUAUGUAGAGAGUCUCCACGUUGAUAUUGAGGAGAAGAAGCGAGAAAUAAAAUUGCUAAAGGAGGAACUGAGUGAAGAACAACAGUACACCUCUCGCAAGAAGAAAGUGGUACAAUACCUGCGCGAAACACUUUACAGGGAGUGCUCAGCCUUGCGUUCACAACUUACCAUAGUACAACAAAAACAAAUACAAUAUCAGACUGCACUGAAGGAUCAGCAGCGGUCCUUGACGGGGAUGCAGGCGUCACCCAUAUAUUUUCAGUCACCAGCGGGUGUGUGCGGCGGGGAUCGAAAGCGGAACAAUAGCUUCUCUCGGGGUGAGUUUUGGCGACCACCCUCCUCUGGGGUGUCAAGGCCGGGUGCAUACGAGAGUUCUCGUGGGCUGAACAACAGCGCAAGUGAUCUCACGCGUCGUCCGACCCCGGGUUCGGCACAAAGUCACAGGCGACAUGGAACGCACAGCGAUGAAAACGACGAAAAUGCCUCAGUAGACGACCCGUCCACUGACAUUGGAAGUAGUUACACAACUCGAAACAUGAACGCCUACGAUGGUCGCGGUGGUGGGCUGAACAGGUCUAUGAGUAUGACCCGUGACGUAAUAUCCAUUGACUGCACAGCCGUUCAGAGUCUUCUCGACCUUGUCCUGCUGGCGGUGGAAAAUGAUCAAGUACUUCCUGCUUCUGCAUCAAAGGCAAGGAACGCGAACAUGGAAAUCAUUGGGAAGGCAAUGGUUACCGAUCCGGAAACUUCUGAGAGAAGAGCACGGAAGCAUUUUGAGCUCGUGCAGCGGAAGAUGAAGGAGAACUACGCGCGAAGUCGAGGGGAAUUAUUGGCUGCACUCAACACAAAGGAGAGGGAGAUAACGAAGAUAAAAAAUGCAACGGACAAGCAGUAUUUGGAAAAGUUUCUGAGGGAACAAGUUGACGAACUGAGAAGUAGCUACCGCCGCAUUCGCAGGGCCACGGUUGAAAAUUUGAGUGAACUAUGGAAUUCUGUGUAUUUAAUGAUGGAUGGUAUCCUCAACAGGGCCACCGUUGUAGAUGCCUCUCUACGGGACAAUGAAAAGCUUUAUACUUCCUUUACCGCUUUGCAAGAUCUUGUCUCCGCUGGCACCAGCCUAAUUGGUCCAAUGCUCACCACUGAGUACGGUAGGGGUUAUCAUCCAUGGCCGCUGAAGUUGCGCAACACUAGCGAACCAUUUCGCGUUAUGCUUCGCGCGCGCUACGGUGAAACGCAACUACAGCCCAUACAUGAGGAAAUGAGUGCGUUUAAUGACCUCUAUGUGAAUGCGCAUCAGUACGUCACGCGGAAUCACGUGGUUCCGCAACUGAAGCGUCCGGCCGUUGGACCAACCUUACGGCAGCUCUGUGCACUACUGGUGUUGAACUCCGCGACAACAAAUGAGGUAUGGCAGCAAGUAAGCGAGAAGUAUGGUCGUGAAAAGAAUCUACAGCGCCAUAUUGCACUGCUUAACUUUUCACUCGUCUCUCUUAUGUAUCGCCAGCGUGUGCUGGCUGACCGAUCCGCAGCUGCAUUGCGGGAGGCGGGAAUGGAUAUGAAGUUAAUUGGUCUUCCUGUACAGCGUAGAGUCAACAGAAUCGCAGAGGAGCUGCACAAAGUGAUCGCCGAACGCUCAACGGUCAGACGGCAGCGAGUGGAUAAUGCCCGUGACGUUUACCGCAUAUGGAAGGCAACCCAAAUAAAUAUUUAUGAAGGGUAUGCCACUCCAGCGAUGCCUCCGCGCCUCACUUUGGUUCGUUGCGACGCGCGAGGUGCAGCGGAUUUAGGGCCAUUCACUCCGCACUUGAGGGGGGAAAGCAAUGCGGAACCCCAUCUGCACAUGACGACGGAUUCGCGGAGAGCUAUGCACGAAUUGAUCAACCGAGAGGGCGCGGAUGACGUUUUGGGAUCUGAUGGAAUCUCCCAUGCCUCCACUAGUGCUAUUUUAUCCCCCACUGCCGCUGCUGCGGAGACUAACGAAUAA